AUGGCCAGUCCUACUAUUUCCCAACAACCCAGAACCUUCUACUGCUAUGCCAGCAGCUCCCGAAAUGGAGAAAAGAAAGAGAACACCAUCACCUUCGAGGUCAAGGACCCAGCGACCAACGAGACCAAGUAUAUAAUGCAGGGCAUCAAGCCCGACAAAUCCCAGAUCGCGAGCACAACUCUUCGCCGGGAGUCACUUCCCCAACACACAUGUGUCCAGACAUUCAUCUCGCCUAUUACCCCCGGUAACUCAGACAUAGACUCGAUAACCGGCAGGCCUCUAACCCACCGGUUAUCAUCAGGCGCUGUGGUCACCGAAGUGCCGGUAACGGGGUACUGGCGACCUCGGAAAUUCGAGUUCAAGGGGAGGAAGUAUGUCUGGUUGAAAGAGGGGCUGCAGACCGGGCUUUAUGAAUACUCCUCGUCGAGAACGGUGGAGAAGCGGAAAUCCACGGUGACGGAGUUUGAGACUGUCAAGCCUGCUCUCGCGAGUGAGAUCAUGCCGUUCUGGGCUGGGCUGUUCAUGAGUCGCUAUCCAGAGGUUAGGGUUGCGGAGGGGGUGGAGGAGACGUUGCUGGAGAUUAUCCUGGCGGGGGCGUUGACUGAGAGUAUGGUUACUUUGCGUGGGCAUUGA